UGAAAGUUUUUUAAAUAUCAAAAUGGCCGCUUGUCAUUUACGUCUAUUCAUCAGCCUGGAACUUAACAACCAGUUUAGUUUGUGCGCUGUGUUUUGAUAAUUUGAGCAACAAAAAAGUGACGAAAAAUAUUUAGUUGUAAUCAAUAGUGCUCCAUUAUUUGGGGCAACUUUCUUAAAAUGAACGAAUUAUCGUCUCCUUCGCCUCCGCCGCGACAAUCGGCCGGAAGUCCACCGCCAAAGUGCGCAAUUUGUCUCGGUACCUGCAACAAUAAGUGCUUCUCGGACUCCUGUCGACAUCAGUUCUGUUUCACCUGCCUACUAGAGUGGUCGAAGGUCAAAGCUGAGUGUCCGUUAUGUAAACAACCGUUUAAGUCCAUAAUUUAUAAUAUUAAAUCCAACGACGAAUACGAUGAACAUGUUAUUGUCAACGACCCGUUUCAAGGAGGCAGGGGGUUCCACAACAUCGAAAAUUACUUCUUGCCCCGUUCACCCUCUCGCCACUUUCAGUUCAGGACCACCUUUACCGUUGACCAAGGAGGCGAACUUGCCAUUCAGCAAAUGUUACUCUCUCAUCCGCUCACGAACAGCAUGUAUAACUUUCCCGACAAUUACAUUUUGCCAAGACACACAAGUCGGUUUGGCAGGUUGCGACAUGCUCGCCGGGCGAGUUCUGCUACCAGCUUCCGAAGGUCCGUGUACAUGACCAAUAUGUGGGUGUAUGCUCCACCGGAUGUUACAGGACGUUACAGAGAAGCUACCCCUCAAUUUUUUAGCGACAAUCCUGCCUCCAGAAAUCGACUUGUUCCAUGGUUGAAUAGAGAAUUAAACGCCUUACUUCGUGAAAACACACAGCAGGUGAUGCACUUAGUGGACGUAAUAAUGGACCAUUUACCGCGAUGGCACAUCAGAAGCAGAGCGUUCAAGCGCCUGUUGGAAACCUACCUAACCAACAAAACCGACCAUUUUAUCCACGAGUUUUACAAUUUCAUGCGAUCACCAUUUGACAUGAUCGGAUACGAUCGCCACAUUGUUUACUCAAACCGACCGACUUCGCCCACAUACUCAAUCUCGGACCAAGAGGAUGAUAGUGAUGUAGCUAUAGUGAACGUACCGGAACCGAUUACAGUCAACAACAAUCCAUUCCGAAGGCCGACCAUUGAAGUUAUUGAGAUCAACUCUGACAGCAGUCACGAUUCCGACGUAAUUAUCGGGGAACCGCCGGCGCCCGAAGUGAUUCUGCUCGAUUCUGAUACGAACGAGGAUGUUAGGACGCUCGAUCCCCCAACGAGUGUGAGUAGCGAUUUAAGCAGCAGUAGUGAAGCUUAUCGCAAACCAGUUCUACCUCUUAAGGUACGAUUUAAGCGAAAGCGACAAUCAAAAGAGAGGCGAUCAAAGAUUAAAAAGAAAUGUUGCCAAAGAUGCUGUUCGUCAAACGCUUCAUCGAGUAGCAGUAGCGAAGAUUCCAGCGAUUCUACUACCUCCUUUAGUAAUGACUCUGCUAAUAAACGGUCCAGAAAGAAACAGAAGUAUAAAAAGAAGGCAAGGUAAGUUCAAGAAAUUAUUCAG